CAAAGAGAAUCCCAAAAAUUUCAUUCAUUAAAUUAUUAUUUAUAUAAUUUAAAAAAAUUUUAUUAUUAUUUUUUCUUUAAAUAGAGAUGAAAAUAUUUCUUUAAAAUAAAAACUAACUUGAUGUGAAAAAUAAUUUAACCUAGCGAAAGGAAAUCACACCCCGUCAUGGAUCUGACAUCUGUCACUCACACUGCGAGACUGAACUGGGGAGUAACUUCCCUUCUCUUCACCCUAAUGCUAAUCCUUCGCAUUCCGAUCCCUUCCGGUUUUGGCUUUUCAGGUUUCUUCUUCUUCUUCUUCUGCAAAAUUUCUUCAUUUUCGCUUAUUCCUCUCACAAAUUCACUUUUGCAGGCACAACCUAGCUUAUCUUCGAUCUUCGUCUACAUGCCCAAAGAGAAGAGCCCUGGCUUGAAGAUCCUAUGGAUCUGGACCAUCGGAACCGCCGCGAUUUUGGUCACCAGCGUGGUGAGGACGAGAUUGAGGGACCUUCAGAACGCCAUGAACGCUGACCAUCAACAUCAUCAACAACAACAACAAAACCAUGAGGCGUCGCUUGGUUCGGCAGUGGUGGACACUUUCCCUUCUUCUGAAGAAUCAAAGCCGGAUGAUAAAGUCUAGGUGGGGCUACAAUCAAUCUUUUCUUCCUCUUUGAUUGGUCCUUUUUUCGAUUGUCUGUUUGAAGGAUUCGAUUUUGCGAUGGGAAAGAGAGCACACGCAAGGUGUUUGUUCAAUGUCCUCAGUGAAACUCAGUGCUUUUUUACCCCCCAAAAUAUUUGAGAGACAAUUAGGUUUGAGUUGUC